AGGAUGUCACUGAUUGGUGAUCAAGGUAAUUUGGAGGGGAAACAUCUAUACCAAUUUACCGGCUGUAUGUCUGCUGCAGAACUGCGUCAGAGGCAAGAGAUGAUGAUAAGAAAUCAAAUAAUGCCUGUCAACCCUCAGGUAGUGGUGCCAGCUCAGCAGAGAAUGCCGCUGAUGCCAACACAGUUUGAGCCACGGUUGUUGGACAGGGGGGAACUGCUACCAUCAUCAGAUUUAAUCAUUCCCAGCGACACAAGACAACUACAUAUGGGGUCCCAGUUUGGUUCAUCAAUUCCCAGCCAUUCAAGCAUCAUGUCCAAUAGAAAUUUCUCAAGCCCAGGAUAUAGCAGCUUUUUCCACACAGAGCCACUGGAUUUCAUGGCCAGGAGACAGGAACUGCUGCAGAAGCAAAAUAUGACAAGGAUGGAUGUGGAAAUGAAUGCUAUGUAUCACCAAAGAGAGGUAGACAAGGCACAUAGGAAAGGCUUUAUGGAUAUGGACUCACCAUUCCUCUACCAUGGAAUGCCACCUAACCCAGUGGCUUUUAGAGGCAGACAGAUGUGUCUAGAAGGCCAGUUGCCAUCUGAUCUCUUUGUUCAUCGUAACACGUUAGAGAUACUUCAUGGCAGUGCUCUUUUGAAGGCUGGCAGUCCCUAUGCUCCCAUAAGUAAUCUGCAAAGAGAACGAGCUCGAAGACCAGGCAGAAGAGCUGGCAAUCAAAAGGUUUCAGAGACUUCCAUAGGCGUAUCCAAAGUCCAGCUAGAAAAUAAACCACAUUCCUCCCCAAAUACUGCCGACGAGGACAAGGAGGAGAAAAAAGAAGAGGACUCUGAGACUUUCAACAAAUGUGAUCAAGGAAAAGUACACACAGGCCCUGCGAUGGAUAAGAGUGCUAUAGAAAUCCCAGAUAGUCUGGAGAAGACAAGUAAUUCCACUCCUAUAGAGGCAAGCAGAGGAAGAAAUGGUGCUGACAAGGACCUUACCAAUCCUGGAACAGCGUUUGAGGACAGAUUAAUUUACCAGUCCCCUGUUCCCAUCUCAGCAAGUCCAUAUGGUUUUCAAGUAACCAUGAACCCAUCCCUCCUUCCAGGAGCCCACAGCCUCUUCCUGAACAGAGAAGAUAUUCCAACUAUUCAAGAUAUUUGUAAAUGGACUUCUCAGGAUGUCUAUAACUUUAUCUGUAGCUUACCUGGCUGCUCUGCCUAUGCCCAGGUUUUCAAAGAUCACGACAUUGAUGGAGUAACUUUACCACUUCUCACUGAGGACCAUCUCUUGGAUACAAUGGGGCUGAAGCUUGGACCUGCUCUAAAAAUUCGCUCCCAGAUCUGCUGUCGCCUGGGAAACAUAUUUCACAUGACAAGCUUAUCUUUACCUGGCCCAGUGUCAUCGUCUGCUCCAGUGCCAUCAGAUCAGCCAGCUGACGUGAUAUCACCUAUUGCACGCAAUAACAGCAGCAACACAGUGCCAAGUCCAUGUGCUCCUGAUCCUGAGUCUUUGAAAGCUGCAGAUGUAUCAGCGACUGAAAAUAAAGACAGUCCAUGUGAUGUGUCUUUAGCACAAAUUGAUUUUCAAUGA